AUGUUCCCACUGCCGAUGUUCACGCCGGAUCAGGUGGCUCGAGUGUGCGAGAACUUGGAGGAGACCGGGGACAUCGAGCGCCUCGGCAGGUUCCUGUGGUCGCUUCCGGCCGCCGUCCCGGGCUCCGCCGGGGAGGCGCUCAACCGACACGAGUCCGUGAUGCGCGCGAGGGCGCUGGUCGCCUUCCACGGGGGCAACUUCGAGGGUCUCUACCAGAUCCUCCAGAGCCACCGGUUUACGCGCGAGUCGCACGCCAAGCUGCAGGACCUGUGGCUGGACGCGCACUACCGGGAGGCGGAGAGGCUGCGCGGCCGGCCGCUGGGGCCCGUGGAGAAGUACCGCAUCCGCAAGAAGUUCCCGCUGCCGCGCACCAUCUGGGACGGCGAGCAGAAGACGCAUUGCUUCAAGGAAAGAACGCGCAGCUUGUUGAGGGAGUGGUACCUUCAGGACCCGUACCCCAACCCGUCCAGGAAGCGCCACCUGGCCCAGGCCACGGGGCUCACGCCCACGCAGGUCGGCAACUGGUUCAAGAACCGCCGGCAGAGGGACCGCGCCGCGUCCGCCAAGAACCGAAUGCAACAGGAUCCUUCCCACUUGCCCUCGGGGAGCUCGUCCGACGGCUCCCUCCAGGACCGCCGCCACCACCCCCGCUUGUUGCCUCCGUCUCCUCGCCACCCGGGCAGCCCGGAGGCCAGCGACUGAAGCACGGACGAGCGCCGCGGAACGGGGGCCUCCACCCCGGAGAUCUCCGUCAGCAGCGACGGCGAGUUCGAGUCUUGAGGGACGAUCCGAGAGCGGCGUCCGUCGUCGGACGGAGAGAGACACUUGAGCCGGCCGUGGCCGUUUGGGAACACCGGGGGGUUCUCAGUGGGAGGGGCCACUGGCUGUGGCUCCUGGGCGAGGAGCCACAGCCAGUGCAAAAACAUGAGCACUUAAAGAAAAGAGAAAAAAGCACCAUGGCACACGACUACGACUGUUCGAUUAAUGAAGUUUUAGAUACUGUGAGGAAUGAUAUUUGAUUCAGGCAAUAUCUUUGGAUAGCUCAUUUACUAAUAAUCAUUAUUUAACCCUCCUGUUACCUUUCGGGUCAAUUUGACCCCAUUCAAUGUUUAACGUCGGUGUUCUUUGGGGUCAAUUUGACCCCAGGCUGUUUUUCACUGUGUCAAACAUAUAAGAAAUAUCAACUUUUUUAUAUAUUUAAAGGGCUAUUUAGGUAGUCAACAAACAAACAUAAAGUACCUCACACUUAAACUUGGGAAACAAUAUUAAUUCUAAUAAUUUUCUGGAGGUUUUAAUUGCUGGGGUCAAAUUGACCCCGAGGGUAAAAUAUGUUAGUAAAUGUGAAGGUAACAGGAGGGUUAAGCUUCAUAACUCAUUUCUACGCAAAGUGUGAGGACACAAUAACAACGCCUUUGGGGUAGGCUUUUAAUAUACGUCACUAUAUUUACAUGCACAUUAAUUAUACUUUAAUAUCUUCAGACGACAACAAUAAGCCAAAUGUCAUGCAAACAAUACAAUUGGCAUAUUUAAAACAUUAGUUAUCAGCUAUAACCUUGAUUUCUGCUCCAUUGUUCAAUGUAUUUGAUCAAAAAUGUUUUUGUUGAUGAAGCAAAUCAACAUUAAAAAAGCAGUUUGAAUAAAUCUCCCAAAUUUAAAAUCUGAUGGCACUAUAAAGAAAAUUGUGUCGGCAAACAACGUCAGCUUUGACCAUCUAGUUAUUUAUUUAUAAUGGCAUGCAAACAUUAAAUUAAACACAUUUCACUGCCUUAAAAACUAAGGGCGUCACAUUUACAAUGAAAAAAUAAUAAUUAAUAGCGUAAGUUCAGAAAGACUUGAUGUAAAUGUUGCUGCUUCAAAUACAAACGUUGUGUUUCCAGCUGUUCACGCUCCUCUUUUGAUUAACAGUCCAACAAAAAGUGUAUUUGUUGUUGUUGUAAACGCUCCUGAGCUGCUCUGAUGAAUUCCUGCAGGAGCCGAAACAGAAAAGACGAGACGGCGAGAAUGUCGAGAGCACUAAUCGUCUCAAUGUGCCUGAGACGUUUGAGAACAGUGAGACCGAGUCGGGGACAAUCGAGUCCUCACAGGCCGGUUUGCUG